AUGACGGUCACCACGAGCGGAGUCGGUUUUUCCCACAUCUCCAUCAAGCCUUUGCACCCGACUUUCGGCGCCGAGAUUAGUGGCGUGGACCUUUCGUCUCCCUUGAAGGUUGAAGUAUUCAAAGAAAUAUUCCAGGCUAUGACCAAGUAUGGUGUUGUCGUCUUUCGCCGCACCGGCCUCACAGACGAGGGCCAUAUCGCAUUCUCUAAGAAGUUUGGGGAGCUAGACGACGUGAAACCCUAUAUCACCGCUGGCAGAAAACACCGCCUCAAACACACAGAGCUCUUUGAUGUCAGCAAUAUUGAAGCUGAUGGGUCCAUCCUUGACCCUACAAGCCCACGUGGUGAAGCAAACAAGGUAACUACCUACCUAAGUACUGAUAGGAAGAAAGCUCUUUAUACAGCUCUGACCAUCACCGAUACACAGGGUAAUGGCCUCUUCCACGUGGACUCGAGCUUCAACCCUCGCCGCGCCGGGUACUCCCUUCUCUUAGCCCACGAGCUACCACCAAGUGGCAUGGGUGGCCAUACUGCCUUUGCAGACACGAGGACGGCAUUCGAUACUCUCCCACAAGAUCUCAAAGAGCAGCUUUUGACCGAAGACUACAUAGCUUGUCACUCUAUGCACCACUCUCGCAAAGUAGCAGCCCCCGAGGCCUUUGCCGAGCUCAACCCGCUCGAUUACCCUAUGGGACGGCACAAGCUGGUGCAGCGCCACGAGACAUCCGACCGUAUGAAUCUAUAUAUUGCGGCCCAUGUUCAUCACAUAGAAGGUCUCACUUCCCAAAAAUCACAGGCAUUGUUUGACCAGCUGUACAAGCACGCCACUCGCGAUGACAACACCUUGGAGAUUGAGUGGCAGGCACCGGGUGAUUUGGUUAUUUGGGAUAACACGUGCACUAUGCACCGGGCUGUUGGGGGGCAAUUCCUUCAAAAAUACAAACGGGACAUGAGACGAACGACGGUUCAUGAUUCAAGCUCGACGGCUUGGGGACUGAAUGAGCACACUGAUGUUAGGCAAGGGCUUCCUUGA